AUGGCUGAAAUCUACGGAGUUUCUUUCUAUGGUGACCAAAUUGAAGUCACAGUUACGAAGAAUGCUGCAGUUGUUAAUGAUUGGAUUAAUUCUCAUCGUCGUAGACUCCAUAAGCUCCUUGUUGGUCUCGAUAUCGAGUGGCUCCCGUGCUUUAACCCGGAGGAAAAUCAUCCGGUUGUUCUUCUCCAGCUUUGUGUAGGCCGACGUUGCCUACUAUUCCAACUCCUCCACAAAGAUGCCGUUCCAAGAUUCCUUGUAGACUUUCUCAUGGACCCGAAUUUCAAAUUUGUUGGCGUGGGAGUUAAAGGGGACGCGGAGAAGCUGCUCCGGGAUCACAAGCUGUUGGUGGCGAAUACUGUGGAUUUGAACCAACUGGCAUUGUCUGUUUACGAAGAGGAAGUUUACGGGAAGAUGGGAUUAAAGAGAAUGGCGAAAGGGGUGCUUGGGAAAGUAAUGGAGAACCCACUGAAUGUAACACUGAGUAAGUGGGAUGCAGAGGAAUUAGUGUAUGAACAAAUUGAAUAUGCUGCUAUUGAUGCUUUUGUUUCGUUUGAGAUCGGGAAGAACUUGUUUAAUUCAAUCUGGGAGAGACAGAGAGAGAUAGAGAUUCGUCAUCGCGUUGUUGUUAAGAGGGAAAAUCUGAAUUGCCAUUAUCACCCGCAAUUGUUGCUGCUUCAACAUACACAGGAUUUGAGAGGAAGUCCAUCCCUCCAGGCUGAAGUAAAGACGACAAAAUUGGAUGCUGAAAGAAUGUCAGAUAAAGGUUUUAGGCUCAAGACCUCGAGCACGACUACUCCGGAAUCACAACUAGCUGCUUCAACAUCUGUUGAUGUAAAUAUUCUGGGAAGGAUGCAGUUGUUGAUGAGCGAGGAAUCUAGGCAUUAA